AGAUAUGGAAUAUCAUUGGACAGAGAUUGGACAUCUGAUAAUGAAGGGCACGAGAGAUGAUGGGCAAAGAGAUCUUUCGUUAUCAGAAUUUGGGCAUGUAUUAGGCAGUGUUUGUGUGUCCCUUAUGUGUACAGUGGAAAAUUGACGGAUAUGUGCAUUUGUCUUAAAUUGCAUACAGUAUGAGUUGUAUUUUCAACCGAGUGGCGCAGUUUAAUUGCGGUGGCGUUCUUAACCUGUAUAGUGAAUGUUGUGUGUUUCAUCAGUUUAGUUAAUUAAAUGCCAAAUGAAAGGUCGUGCGCCAAUAUACAUACCCAGAAGAAAUGUACAUAAUUGUUCGACAUAAUAGUAUUUAGUUUAAUAAUUAUUUGAUGUGAAGUGUCAUGGCGGUGGCGGCGAUGUUGAAGGAUAAAGGGCAGCUUAUGUUUGAAGACAAAUGGCCUUCUAUGAGACCAAUUAUAUUGAAGUUAUUACAGCAAGAACCAGUGACUCAAAACGAAUGGCAGGAUUUAUUUUACUCUGUGCAUCUUGUAUGCUUGUGGGACGAAAAAGGCCCACCAAAAGUGAAAGAAGCAUUAAAAGAUGAUAUUAUGGACUUUAUCAAACAAGCCCAGCAACGUGUUUUGUCUCAUCAAGAGGACCAAGCCUUACUGAAAGCCUACAUAGCAGAGUGGCGUAAAUUUUUCACUCAAUGUAACUACUUGCCUACUCCUUUUCGACAAUUAGAGACUUCACUUGCUGGGAAAACAUCGUCCUCAGUUCAAAAGAAGGCCCAGAAUGAUGAAAGUAUUGUUCGUAAGCUUAUGCUGGAUAGUUGGAACCAGAGCAUUUUCUGUGAUAUUAAACAGCGGCUUCAGGAUUCAGCCAUGAAACUUGUGCAUGCUGAAAGGAAUGGGGAAGCUUUUGAUUCUCUACUUGUCAUUGGUGUACGCGAAUCUUAUGUUAAUCUUUGCUCAAACCCAGAAGAUAAGCUGCAAAUCUAUCGAGAGAACUUUGAAAAGGCUUAUAUUGAAGCAACUGAAGCAUUUUAUAAAAUGAAGGCUCCUCAGUAUCUACAAGCAAAUGGUGUACAGAACUAUAUGAAAUAUGCAGAUAGCAAGUUACGUGAAGAGGAGCAAAGAGCGCAUAAAUAUCUGGAGUCUUGCAGUGGCUCUGUUCAGGUGCUUACUGACUGCUGUGUUAAUGUGUUGGUGUCAACAUUUAAGUCAACUAUACUCGCAGAAUGUGCUGGCAUGAUCAAAGCCAAUGAAACAGAAAGACUGCAACUUAUGUUCAAAUUGAUGGAUCGAGUACCUGAUGGUAUUCAGCCAAUGUUACAUGAUUUGGAAGAGCACAUAAUGAGUGCAGGUCUGGCUGAUAUGGUGGCUGCCGCUGAUGUAAUUACUCAGGACUCUGAAAAGUAUGUGGAACGAUUAUUGGAACUCUUCAAACAAUUCAGUGUAUUAGUAUCAAAAGCUUUUAAUGAUGAUCCACGUUUCUUAACAGCUAGAGACAAAGCUUAUCGCCAUGUUGUGAAUGAUACUCAAGUAUUUCGUCUUGAACUGCCAGCAAAACAGACUGGAGGUUUGAAGGCUCAACCUGAAUCAAAGUGCCCAGAGCUUUUAGCCAAUUAUUGUGAUAUGUUGUUGCGAAAGACCCCACUUAGCAAAAAGCUAACUUCAGAUGAAAUAGAAAGCAAACUUAAGGAUGUGUUGUUGGUUCUGAAAUAUGUGCAAAAUAAGGAUGUAUUUAUGAGGUAUCACAAGGCACAUCUUACACGUCGUCUGAUUUUAGAUACAUCAGCAGAUUCUGAAAAAGAAGAGAACAUGGUAGAAUGGCUGAGAGAGGUGGGUAUGCCAGCAGAUUAUGUAAACAAGCUAGCUCGAAUGUUCCAAGAUAUCAAAGUUAGUGAAGAUCUCAAUCAACAAUUCAAAGAAACUUAUCGAAGCAGUCGAGGUAGUAUUGCAGUUUUAUUUGCCUGGAAUCAGCGCCCUCUAGAACGAAUUCCAUAUGAAAAUUUGCGUCUUGCUACUGAACUUCCAGACCCAGAGCUAAGACGCACAUUAUGGUCUCUGGUUGCUUUUCCAAAACUGAAGAGGCAGGUUCUUCAGUACUCUCCAGAAGUGCAGUCACCGAAAGAUUUUGAAGAAAACACUAUGUUUUGGGUUAAUCAAGAAUUUGCUCUUGUUAAAAAUGGAAAGCUCCAGCGCAGAGGAAAGAUCAAUUUGGUUGGUAGACUGCAGUUGAGUACAGAACGUAGCAAAGAAGAAGACAAUGAAAGCAUUGUGCAGCUGCGUAUCUUAAGGGUGCAGUCUGAACUGGUGGAUAUACUGAAGAAUAUGUUCCUACCAAGUAAGAAGAUGAUAAAAGAGCAAGUGGAGUGGUUGAUUGAACAUAAGUACAUGCGAAGAGAUGAAGAUGAUAUUAAUACAUUCAUCUACAUGGCGUGA